GCGGCGUCUCAGUUCCCGCCAUGAACGCCAGCGGCCCGGGCUACCCGCUCGCCUCGCUCUAUGUGGGCGACCUGCACCCCGACGUGACCGAGGCCAUGCUGUAUGAGAAGUUCUCGCCCGCCGGCCCCAUCCUGUCCAUCCGCGUGUGCCGCGACGUGGCCACCCGCCGCUCGCUGGGCUACGCCUACAUCAACUUCCAGCAGCCCGCCGACGCGGAGCGGGCACUGGACACCAUGAACUUCGAAGUGAUCAGAGGACAGCCCAUCCGCAUCAUGUGGUCCCAGCGGGACCCAGGACUCCGCAAGUCGGGUGUGGGCAACAUCUUCAUCAAGAACCUGGAGGACUCCAUAGACAACAAGGCCUUAUAUGACACCUUCUCCACCUUUGGGAACAUCCUCUCUUGCAAGGUGGUGUGUGACAAUCACGGUUCCCGAGGCUUCGGCUUCGUCCACUUUGAAACCCAUGAGGCUGCUCAGCAGGCCAUCGUCACCAUGAACGGGAUGCUGCUGAAUGACCGCAAAGUCUUUGUUGGCCACUUCAAGUCUCGACGGGAGAGGGAAGCAGAGCUGGGAGCUCGGGCCAUGGAGUUCACCAACAUUUAUGUGAAGAACCUCCACGUGGACGUGGACGAGCAGGGCCUACAGGACCUCUUCUCCCAGUUUGGGAAGAUGCUGAGUGUGAAGGUGAUGAGGGAUGACAGCGGCCACUCCCGCGGCUUCGGCUUUGUCAACUUUGAGAAGCAUGAGGAAGCCCAGAAGGCCGUGACGAACAUGAAUGGGAAGGAGGUGAGAGGGCGGCUACUGUACGUGGGCCGGGCCCAGAAGCGGGUGGAAAGGCAGAAUGAGCUGAAGCGUAGGUUCGAGCAGAUGAAGCAGGACCGGCUGACCCGUUACCAGGGUGUGAACCUAUAUGUUAAGAACCUGGAUGACUCCAUCGAUGAUGAGAAGCUAAGAAGAGAGUUCUCUCCCUAUGGAGUGAUUACCAGUGCCAAGGUGAUGACAGAGGGUGGCCACAGCAAGGGGUUUGGCUUUGUGUGUUUUUCCUCUCCAGAAGAGGCGACAAAGGCCGUGACAGAGAUGAACGGGCGCAUCGUGGGCACCAAGCCGCUGUACGUGGCCCUGGCCCAGCGCAAAGAGGAACGGAAGGCCAUCUUGACCAACCAGUACAUGCAGCGCCUGUCUACUGUGCGGGCCCUGGGUGGCCCCCUCUUGGGCUCCUUCCAGCAGCCCGCCAGCUACUUCCUGCCCGCUGUGCCCCAGUCUUCUCCCGCACAGCCUCCUGCCCAGACUGCGUACUAUGCGUCCAGCUCUCCCAUGCAGCCUGCCCCCAGGUGGACGGCCCAGCCUCCGAGACCCUCGUCCACCUACCCUCCAGCUGCCUCAAUGAUCCGACCGCCAGCCAUGUUGCGGCGCCCCCCGGCGCAGGUCAGCGGUGUCAGGCAGGCCUCCACCCAGGUGCCACCCACGGUGCCCCACACCCAGAGAGUGGCCAAUAUUGGUACCCAGACCACAGGAGCCAGCGGGGCGGGAUAUCCUGCACCAAGUGGGCCUCUGCUGACACACAAAUAUUCCUCAGCAACAUACAACCACGGGGUCCAGGAGCCUGCUGUGCGCAUCCCGGGACAGGAGCCCCUGACGGCGUCCAUGCUGGCCGCAGCGCCACUGCACGAACAAAAGCAGAUGAUUGGUGAGCGUCUGUACCCCCUUAUCUACGAUGCCCACACCCAGCUGGCUGGCAAGAUCACGGGCAUGCUGCUGGAGAUCGACAACUCGGAGUUGCUGCUCAUGCUGGAGUCCCCCGAGUCCCUCAAUGCCAAGGUGGAAGAGGCUUUGGCGGUGCUGCAGGCACACCAGGCCGCGGAGCUGACAAAAGUGAAUGUGCUCUGAAACCAGGUGGGUGGCUGGGGGUGGGAGAGACGGAGGUGGAAGCAGCAGUGGGCCCAAGAGAAGCCGGGAAGAGGCGGGCAGGGGCUGACUUUGAGAAACCCGCGGAGAAACCAUGUUGGCGCCGGCUCGCUCUCUGGAGCACCGAGGAGUUUGGGGGAAGCUGCGAGGCGCAAAGGAGCGGACAGACCGUGGGAGGAGAAUGAGUGUUGACCACCGUGCGAAGUGCGGGUGCUUUCUCGCCAGCUGCCCUGCCUGGCGUCACUGGGGAUAGGCUGGGCUGUCCCUGGGCACUGGGUGAACUUAUCUUGUGUAUGUGGCCUGCUUCGUCUGCUCUGCCUUCUCAGUUGAGACCAGGUGUCUGCUGUAUGUUAGAAGGAUGCAUUCCUCUCCUUUCAUCCCCAGACAGCAGGAUCCUCACUCCCUCGGCUGAACAGCGCUUCCUGCUCUUGGCUCUCUGUCCCUGGGAGCUGUAACUUAUUUCCCACUCAGGCUGUAUCUGUACUUGAGCUCUGUAUGUGGAAUGAAGGCCGGUCCCCCCCCCGCCAGCCUGUCACCCUUUCCUUUUGUGCAUUAAAAGUGCUGCAAACUG